CCGCCCUAUUCAGUUUGGUACAUGGAGACGUGAGAGUUGGACAUUUCAGAGAAGGGAGAAGUCGCUGAAUAAAGGACCAUAAAAAAGUUUGACGGAUGUGAGAAGACUGUUUCGGAGUUGUGGGCUAUAGCUAAUUUAUCGGAAUGAUAUUUUAGCGGGAAUAUCAAUAACAGGCAUAUUCAUAUAGUUUACUUGAAUGUCCGCGAUAAAAUAUGGAAUCGAUGCCACGACGUAAUCCGAGGAUUGUUUGGAUAUUGAAGCAGGGAUUUUGAACAAACACAUCUGUCAAGGGGCCAUAUGAACGUAUCCAUACUUACUAUCUCAAGUGAAAAUGUAAACAGUCCUUCAGGUCCCUAUAAAGAGUGUGAUACCAACACUGCCAGAUAAAGUAGUCCACUGCCAGUAGAUCCUCUGUCUACAGUCGGUGGUGUUCUGGCGCCCUCUGUUGUGUGACGAGGGAAGGCCAGGGACAGACAGGAUGGAGAACGUGUUUGAGGAGGGGAUGAACCCUGUCAUCAUUGCCCAUUACAACCACUCUGGGAAGUGGGGUCGACCUCGGAGCAGUGCGGCCUGUAAGACUGUUGUCCUCCUCCUCAUCUGUGUCCUCAUCGUGCUGGAGAACAUCACAGUGCUGCUGGCGCUGUGGAGGAACAAACGCUUCCACAGUCGCAUGUACUUCCUCAUCGGUAACCUGGCACUGUCUGACCUGUUGGCUGGGGUGGCCUAUAUGGUUAACAUCUUCACCUCUGGUAGCAGGACCUUCUUCCUGACGCCGGCACAGUGGCUGGCAAGAGAGGGAAGCAUGUUCGUGGCCCUCAGCGCAUCCACCUUCAGCCUACUGGCCAUCGGUAUCGAGAGACACAUGACCAUGGUGCGUCUGCGUCCGUGCGAGGCGGCGGGGCGGGGGAGGUUACUGGGGCUGCUAGGGGCAUGCUGGGCCGUGUCGGUGCUGCUCAGUGCCCUGCCUUCCCUGGGCUGGAACUGCCUGGAGCACCUGGCCUCCUGCUCCACCGUUCUGCCCCUCUACGACAAGAGUUACGUGGCCUUCUGCAUCAGCGUGUUUAGCGCCCUGCUGGUGGCCAUCAUCAUCCUCUACAUCCGCAUCUACCGGCUGGUGACAUCCAGCGGGCGGAAGGUUAGCAGCAGGCCCUCGGAGCACUCACUGGCCCUGCUGAGGACGGUGGUGAUAGUUCUGGGGGUGUUUGUGAUGUGCUGGGCCCCGCUGUUCCUGCUGCUGCUUCUGGACGUGGGCUGCAGUCCGGAGCGCUGCCCUGUGCUCUACCAUGUGGACUGGUUCAUUGCCCUGGCCGUGCUCAACUCAGCACUCAACCCCCUCAUCUACACCCUGUCCAGCAGGGAGAUGAGAGCAGCUUUCUUCAGGCUGCUGUGCUGCUAUCAGCCUCAACUGGAGGCCCCAGCCCCCAUGGCAGGCAACCCCCACCUGGGGACUUUCAUCCCCACGGCUGAGAACAGCAAGUCCAAUGUGGGGGGAGGAGGUAGUGGGAUAACGGGGGCUGCCAAGUCUCUGACCCGGGGGAAGAUCGCAAUGCCCCUGAACUCUAACAACCAGCAUUUAGACCCCUCCGCCACCACGGUGCCACACCUCUCUGGACCGGCCGACCUGCUGUCAGCGGUGCUGGUCAAGGCUGGGGCACUGCCCUCCCUCAGCAAGUUCUGACUGGACAGCUAAUUCACUGUAGACUGGUCCCAGAUAUGUAUGCGCUCUAGUAGUCUAGCCAACUACUCUGACUAUCGUUGUCACGCCAUGUUUGUCAUAGUUGGCUAAUGCACAUCCAGAUCUUGGACCAGGCUAGAUUCACACGACAUGGCUAGCUGGCAAUGCUGUGUGUGGGCAUUGUACAGGCAUGAUCAAUGGGACAAUUUCAGUAUGUACUGGUGAAAGUAAUGACCGAGGAGACCUUGGGUAGACACUUGGAUGAGGUUUCUACUGAUUAACUUUCUGUAAAUACAUUGCUUCAAUGAGCCUGCAAAGCGAAGAUCCGCUAAGGAUCUACUCUUACCAUAGCUCAUCUAAAGCCACUAUUUUGCAAAAACAUUCAAAGGACUCACAUUGAACCUUUGUACCUAAUACAUAAUUUACAUAACUAUGGAACACAAUGCAAAAUGUUACCAAGUCAUGUAAUAGAGGGCUGUUUAAUGUCGGUCCUGGAGGGCCAAAACACUUCUGUUUUGGGGGGACUGAUUCAGACCUGGGACACCAGGUGAGUGCAGUUGACUACCAGGUACAAACAAAAACCAGAAGUGUUUUGAAUUGAACAGCCCUGUAAUAGAGCAUAAUAUAGCUUUAUUAACUAUAUAUCGUGUGGGAACAGUGAAUUAAUUGUAAGAAACUGUUUAUAUGUGUGUAAUAGAGGAUGGGUGGUGUGCAAAUAUAAGUAGGAUCACUGUGUAUUGCACAUGCAGUGUCUAUUGUUUUUCUGAUUCACAUGCCUUUCUCUUUCUAUGUCAGCACAGGAUAUUUAUUUUCAAUGAAGACCAAGGCCUUCUUAGUGCUAUGAACUGUGUGACAGUCCUUUGUGUGUAUGCCUUAACUGUAUAGUGAGUAAAAUAUUGAUUUUGUAAUGAUUUGAAGUUUACAGAGUAAAGAACGUGUCAAUAUCGAUUCUGGUAACUCUUAGCAACUUAGAUACAAGACACUCACACAAAUUAUUUAACCAACAAUGGACUGUAAGUUACAUUUAAAUCUUGAGUGGUGUGGUGUCUAUAACCAUUACAUACCAAUUGAAUAAAAACUAUUCUUGCUUCAUAA